UCCAGGGUAAGAGCAAAGUGUGCCUCUACGACAAACAUGUCAAUUCUUAGGCAUGUGAAUAUUCUUGGUUCUUUGAGGUGCUUCUCAUCAUCUGGACCCCAAAUACUGAGGACUGGAGAUAUCUUAAGGCAAAGUAGAAUAUUCUCUGAUGAAGACGUUAUUGAUUAUUCAAAAGUGAGCCAUGAUUCAAAUCCUCUUCAUUUUGAUGCUGGAGUAGCUCAGAAUUCAGGCUUUGAAGAUCGACUUGUCCAUGGGAUGCUUGUUGCUGCAUUGUUCCCACGAACUAUUGCCUCUCGCUUCCCUGGAGCCAUCUAUGUGUCCCAAAGCUUGCAAUUCAAGUGCCCUGUUUACGUUGGAGAUGAGGUCAGGGGUGAAGUACAGGCAGUUAACAUCAGAGAGAGCAAGAAAAAAUAUAUGGUAAAGUUCUUGACAAAAUGUUUCAAAAGUGGUGAGCUUCUAGUCAUCGAUGGGGAGGCCAUAGCGAUUUUGCCUUCACUUACCUUGGAUUAAAACCUCUUCAUUCUGGCUGCUAUGAGAUGCUAGCUGAAUAGUAGUGACCGGGGACAUGAGCAAUCAGUCCGAUGAUGCAACUCCUUUAUGCACCGUGAUGACCUGUGGAGGCUUUUCUCUUGGUGUCGUCCGUUAAUAUUAUGUGCCUGGUGGUUGAUCUUGCAAUGUCGAACAAGUCAGCCUCGCACUGAGAAAGAUCGAUGGGACUCCCCCGUUUUUUUUUUCUUUUUGCACGUUCACUUUCCGGUCGAGACAUUUGUAGUUUUUUUUGGUCAGAGAGACAUUUGUUGUUUGCUUGUAUGGGAAUCGGCCCUGCUAGGGGGUGGCCCACGCAUUUACAUUGUCCAUCCUAUGAUGCUUAAUAUAUUUAGUAUGAGAAAUGCAUAACUCUCCAUUUACGAAAAA